UCUCAUUCCCGUCUCCGUUCUGCUGAGAGGGACGGGACGGGUGGCACGGCACGGCACCGUCCAUGGCGAGGAGCAGCAGCGCACGCGCAGCCAUGGCGACGGCCACCGUCCUCACCCUGCUGGCCGCGGCGGCGGCGACGGCGGCGGCGCCGGGGCUCGUCAGGCUGGAGCACCCGGCCAAGAGCGACGGGUCGCUGAGCCUGCUCGUCGUCGGCGACUGGGGCCGCAAGGGGACGUACAACCAAUCCAGGGUCGCGGAGCAGAUGGGGAAGGUUGGGGAGAAGCUAAACAUCGACUUCGUCAUAUCUACAGGGGACAAUUUCUACGAGGAUGGACUCACUGGCAUCGAUGACCAGGCAUUUGAGGAAUCAUUUACUGAUAUCUAUACGGCAAAGAGCUUGCAGAAGCCAUGGUACCUAGUGCUAGGAAAUCAUGACUACAGGGGUGAUGUGAUAGCACAGCUUAGCCCAGUCUUGAGAAAGAUCGACCAGCGAUUCAUUUGCAUGAGAUCGUUCAUUGUCAAUGCAGAGAUUGUGGAUUUCUUCUUUAUCGACACAACUCCAUUUCAACUGAAAUAUUGGACUCGCCCUAAAGACCAUCAUUAUGACUGGAGAGGAGUGGCACCUCGACAAAAAUACAUAGCUAAUCUACUGAAGGAUAUGGAUGAGGCAAUGAAGAAAUCAACAGCGAAGUGGAAGAUUGCUGUUGGGCAUCAUACCAUUAGGAGCGUCAGUGACCAUGGUGAUACCCAGGAGCUUCUGCAACUAUUACUUCCAGUUCUCAAGGACAACAGCAUCGACUUCUACAUAAAUGGGCAUGACCACUGCCUGGAACACAUUAGCAGCAGAGACAGUCCUAUCCAGUACUUCACAAGCGGAGGUGGUUCAAAAGCAUGGAGAGGAGUCUUCCAGCCAAAUUCUGAUAAGCUCCAGUUCUUUUAUGAUGGGCAAGGGUUCAUGUCCCUCCAGCUAAACCAGGACCAAGCUGACUUCACCUUUUAUGAUGUUUCUGGGAACAUCCUGUACCAGUGGAGCAAGAGCAAACUAAACCACCUCCAGCCCACCACUUAUAUCACUGAAGCAUGAGGAAGAUGCAAAAUCACAACGCUGGGAUUAGUUUGGUUAAGAUAUUUGUGUAAAAUUCGAAUGCAUUAUUGUGGCAUGCAAGGACAGAGGACCAAAAAGAAAAUAGGGUAGUAUUUAAGUAUGGCAUGUGAUUGAUGUGCUAAAGAAAUUUAAGACUGGCCUAGAUCAUCCUACUAGACUAAGAGAAGAGAUGUUCAGUAUGGCAUCCAUUAGCUUGAUUCAUAAACCUUUUGUCAGAGGACAUCUAUUAUACCAUAUAUUCUAGUAUCUAGUAGGAUCUUUGCAGACCACCUGCCAAUGGGACUACUUUCAGAAGCAUUUGCAAAUAAAAGAACACAACCUUGCAUUUGUGCAA